GGCCGUUGUUUCCCAGACGUCGACGUCGCUGUCGUUUGUUGGUAGUUCAUUCAGCUACCGCGCUGAAUUAUUGGUCAGUUUCGAGUGAUUGCUGAACGCGGAAUGUGUCGUCUAGCCGGAUGGAUUGUGUUGUUUGGCAGCAUACUGCACUGCUGCUUCGGUGGUCAUUUACGAUUUCCGUACGGAGACACCAAUUUUAGUCUGAAUGUUUACAAGGCUGCCUUCGAUCCGGAGCGAAACAUUAUUGUUGCACCGUUUGUGUUGCGCAACAGCAUCGCGAUGUUGUACGCGAUUGCUACGGGAGCAACGCGUGAACGCUUGCGAGAGGUCUUUGCGCUGCCGGAGAAUUUCACCGAGUUUCUGAUCAACCAAAAGGAGCUGCACUUCAUGCUGGGCGGAGAAGGAGGUGACGGGUUUAGGAUGAGGAAUCGAAUUAUUUUGAACGGUUUCCGUGAAGUGGACAUCCAUAUGCGAGACGUGAUGGAUGAUCUGGAUACGGCCAUUGUUUACUUUGAUUUCGGUCAGCGUGAAGGAGUGGUGAGGCGAGUGAACCAUUUCGUGAAUUUCAACACCAAUAAGGUGGUCACCGGUAUGGUGGAUUUGGAGCAAAUUCCAAACAAAAUGCAACUGGUGCAGAUUUGUGCCGCUUCCUUCAAGCCACCUUUCGCCAGUGCCUUCAAUCCAAACGAUACAAGUCCUCGAGAAUUCUGGAGUGGACUGAUUGAAAAGCUAUACUCAACCAUGACGAUGUUCAAACGUGGUGACUUUCGAUUUUCCCGUAUUCCAGAGUUGGAGAUCGAGGUACUGGAGCUACCGUUUGUCAAAUCAAGUGACGCCGUGAUGUGGAUAAUGCUUCCGGAUCGGGAUGCAUCGCUAGAAACCAUCAUGAAACAACUGGAACCGGGACAUUUCGACGCCAUACAGGCACAUUUUUCGAUGAAACGAGCGGAAAUCACCGUUCCACUGUUUACCAUAGAAUCGGUAUUCAAUGCAACGGAUUUUCUACGUCAAACGAUGGGGCUUGAUGUGCUGUUCAAGAAUCGCGAGCUGCGUGUGUUCGAGGACCUAGAUUCAUCUUUGGACAAUGUACUGCACCGGGCCGGGAUGCGAUUCUACGAGAAAACGGCCGACGCCGGAGGCGCUACGGUGGUGCGAAGUUUCCGAAAGCGAAGUUCCGCCUACCAGUACGUAGUGGCUCGCUCCUACCUGUUUGUGAUAGUGAAGAAAACCAACAAACAAAUCCUGUUCAUGGGUCAUUUACAUAAGCCUGAUAACUUAGUAGAAGUUUAAAAUAGAAAAUGCAUGGAUUUUCAAUUCCGAGUC